ACCAAAAAAAGGACAAAAUUCUCUUGUCUCAAUGCCACUCCCCUCCUCCCUCACCAAUAUGCUUAUUCUUCACCCUUUUCUUGUCCUUUUCACUUUCCCAAUUCCCACACCCCAUCGGAAACCCUCACAUCUUCACCUCCGUCCAGCCACCGUCCAACCACCGUCACUCCCCGUUCAAAUUUAAGGUUUAUAUUUGAUUUGGUCAUUUGAAAUGGUUGGUGGCUCACCCUACACGUUUGCUCAGGAGUACGAAGGUCCUCCGAUACCCCCUCGGGCUCUCCCGAGAGCCCUUCCGGUUGAUAUCAGUAAGAUUCCUAUGGCUUCCAUUGUUGCCAAUUCUCAUGAUAAACAACUCUCUAUGCCCGUUGUACAGCCCAUCACUAACACUUUUAACAAAUUACAAUCUAUUAUUUCCCCAACUUCUGUUAUUCCAUUCACUACUGACAAAAAACCUAACAGUACGAAAGACCUAGGGUUAGGUAUUGAAACCGAAACCACGGUGUCUCCGGAUGCGUUUAUUAGCUCGGGUGAGUUUGCAGAUAGGAUUAAUGGUACGGCUGGGAUUGGGUCGUCUUCGGUGAGUCGUGAUCAUUCGUAUGAGAUGUCAGGGAGGGGUGAGAGUUCGGGGACGUUAGGGUUUUCGGAUAGUUUCGAUAAGUCUAGGGAAUUUUCGGGUAAUUCGCUUGCGUUUGGAGCGUCGAAUGGUUGUAAGGAGAGUUUGGAUUUCAAUGAGUUGAGUCAUUCGGAUUACGGGUCGAGGUUGAGUUUUGAGUAUCCGUCUUCGCACGUUUCGUCGCUCAAGGUUGGUGAUUGUAAGGAUCGAUCCGAAUCUGGUUGUGAUUUAAGGAGAAACGUGUUGAUCGGUUUUGAUAAUAUCGAGUCUGAAGAUGAGGAUUUUCUUGAUGAUGUUGAUCAAGCUCAAGUUCAACCCGAGGUUUCUCGGGUUCGGAAAGAACCGGGGGUGAAAACUAGAAAAGGGGCGUGUUAUCGAUGUCUGAAAGGGAACAGGUUUACCGAGAAGGAAGUCUGCAUAGUCUGUAACGCAAAGUAUUGCGUCAACUGUGUGCUUAGAGCAAUGGGGUCAAUGCCAGAGGGACGAAAGUGUGUUACUUGCAUCGGUUAUUCAAUUGACGAGUCGAAGAGGGGUAAAUUGGGAAAAUGUUCUCGAAUGCUAAAACGACUUCUCAAUACCUUAGAGGUUAGGCAGGUGAUGAAGGCCGAGAAACUAUGUGCCGUCAAUCAGUUGCCGCCGGAGUACGUUUGUGUUAACGGAAAACCCCUUAGUCACGAUGAGCUGGCCGUACUACAAAGUUGCCCGAAUCCUCCAAAGAAGCUUAAACCCGGAAAUUAUUGGUAUGAUAAAGUAUCUGGUCUUUGGGGAAAGGAGGGCGAGAAGCCUUCAAAGAUUAUUAGUCCCCAUUUAAACGUCGGGGCUCCGAUUAUGCCCGAUGCUAGCAAUGGAAACACUGGUGUUUUUAUAAACGGUCGUGAGAUAACAAAAGUCGAGCUAAGAAUGCUACAGCUUUCUGGAGUCCAGUGUGCUGGUAACCCGCACUUUUGGGUGAACGAUGACGGUUCGUAUCAGGAAGAAGGACAGAAAAACACCAGAGGUUAUAUAUGGGGAAAAGCUGGAACGAAGCUGGUGUGUACUGUAUUAUCACUGCCCGUUCCAUCUAAGCAAAUUUAUCCCACUGGAGAGCAAUUGAGUAACACACUUGGUCAAUCGUUGCCCGAUUAUUUUGACCAGAUUUCACCUCGUAAACUUCUGUUAAUCGGGUGUUGUGGAUCUGGUACAAGUACCAUUUUUAAGCAGGCGAAAAUCCUGUAUAAAGAGAUCCCUUUCACCGAUGAAGAGCGCGAGAGUAUCAAGAUCAUAAUCCAGAGCAACGUCUAUGGCUACCUUGGGAUUCUUCUAGAAGGACGUGAACGUUUUGAAGAUGAAGCAUUGAACGGAAAUGAUGUCACAGAAAACGAGAAAUCUAUAUAUUCCAUCCCGCCAAGGCUGAAAACGUUUUCCGAUUGGCUUCUUAAAGCCAUGGUGGCCGGUAAUUUGGAAGAUAUAUUUCCCGCUGCCACACGUGAAUACGCACCAGUAGUUGAAGAACUUUGGAACCAUCCAGCAAUGCAGGCUACUUACAAGAGACGAAACGAGUUAGAAACACUCCCCGGUGUUUCUAGUUACUUUUUAGAACAGGCUGGUAAAAUAUUGAGCAUGGACUAUAUACCGUCAGACGUUGAUAUCCUGUAUGCCGAACAUGUUACCCCUUCAAACGGGCUUUCUAGUGUUGAUUUUUCAUUCCCGUCAUUACCAGAUGAAAGUGAUGACACAACCGAUCAACAUAAUUCUCUACUCAGGUAUCAACUAAUAAGAGUGCAAGCACGAGGCUUUGGGGAAAACUGCAAAUGGCUAGAGAUGUUUGAAGAUGUUCGUGUCGUCAUUUUUUGUAUUUCGUUGAGUGAUUUUGAUCAGUAUGCCGUUGACGGAGACGGGAAUUUGGUCAACAAAAUGCUGCUAAACAAGAAGUUUUUUACAAGUAUUGUCACACACCCGACUUACGAUCAGAUGGAGUUUCUUCUCGUACUAAACAAAUUCGACGUCUUUGAAGAACAGCUCGAACGCGUUCCGUUAACUACGUGUGAUUGGUUCAGCGAUUUCCAGCCAAUAGUGAGCCGAAAUAGCCAGAAUAAAAACAUUAGCAGCAACAAUAUUAAUCACAGUCCUUCGAUGGGACAAAUGGCGUCACAUUACGUGGCGGUGAAGUUCAAGAAGCUGUAUUCGUCGCUCACUGAUCGCAAACUAUUUGUUUUGGUGGUUAAAGGGUUAGAUCCGAAUAGUGUGGAUCAAACGCUUAAGUAUGCACAGGAGAUACUCGAGUGGGAUGAAGAGAAACCCAACUUUAACUUCAACGAAUACCCGAUUUAUAGCUCGGAUUCAAGCUCUAACUCCCAAUGAUCCACAAAUUAAUUCAGAAAGACAACACUGUACAUAAUAGUCUCAUUAUGAGAUCAUGCAAACACAAAGACAAGAACUAGCUAAGUGUUUCGACUUUCGAUUCGUUACCUGUUUGAUUGAGUUGUAUUAUAUAAUUUCAUACUGAAUCAAACUUGGUGAUACAAAUGUAUGUAUGUAUGUAUGUUCUGGAUUUGAAAAUCUGACUAGCAAGUGAAA